GGGGCUAAAAGGGGGAAGAUGUCCACCUACAAGCGGGCCACCCUGGACGAAGAGGAGCUGGUGGACUCCCUGGAGGGAGAGAUUUACCCAAAUGGGAUCCAGGUGAACUUCCGCGGGCCAGGGGCCAGGAAGGGCUGCUGGGCGCAGCGGCCGCAGCCGGAGAAGCGCCUCCUGAUCCUGACGGUUAUCCUCUUCUUGGGUCUGUUAGCCUGUCUGUCUGUCCUGCUCUUCCAGUACCAAACACGGCCCUGCCUGACCCAGGCCUGCAUCUCGGUGACCAGCUCCAUCCUGAGCUCGCUGGACCAAGGGGUGGACCCCUGCGAGGACUUCUUCAGCUAUGCUUGCGGUGGCUGGAUCAAGAACAACCCCAUCCCGGACGGUCACUCCCGCUGGGGGACUUUCAACAAGCUUUGGGAACACAAUCUGGCUGCUCUCAAGAGCCUCCUGGAGAACACCACAGCCGCCUCAUCGUUGAGCGAGGCUGAACGCAAAGUGCAGCGUUACUACCAGUCCUGCAUGAACGAGAGCCGAAUAGAGGAGCUGCAAGCCAGACCGCUGGUGGAUCAAAUUCAGAAGGUAGCCGGAGGGGUUCUUGGGAGCAAAGGCCUCACUUGGCGGGAGCAUCCAGCUUUCUCUGCCUCCCUCAAAGCGCUCUGGGCCAACCCCUUGUGGGAGCGAACAGACGCUCCAGGGCUCUCCGCUCAGCAUCCUGGGUCCCUUGGACUGCAGCUCCCAAAACUCCCAGCUAAACCUGGGUUUGGUUCAGAGUGA